AUGGAAGCUUCCGAGAAAAGGCAUGAUGACACCGAUGCGGUGCUAAAGGAACACAUGAAAAUGAUGAAAGAACAACAAACAAUGAUGAUUGACCAGCAAGCUUCAUUAAGAAAUCAUCAAGCAUCAAUCCAUAAUCUCGAAGUCCAAAUUGGUCAACUAACUACUUUGGUGAGCAACAAAUUAUCUUCACAAUUUCCCGAAAAGAACGCUAAAUCCCAUGUAAUGAUGAUUGAUACCGAAGAAGAGGAAAUCUCUGAAUUUUUGGAGGAACUAGAAGUGGAACCAAAGCAGCCCGAUCCAAAGCCGAAGAAGACGAAGUUCAAAAAUAAAGACAUUGCUGGAACACCAGACUCACCUCGUGAGUCCUCUAUGCUCAUGUUUUGGGCCCAGUCUAAACAGAAAAAGUCAGAAUCCGUUCCUGCUUAUCAACCGCCUUUUCUAUUCCCGUCCCGAGCUAAUCUUAGUCCACUAGAAAGGGAACAUCUGGAGUUUAUUCAGCAAAUGAAGGGUAUUCCUAUUAAUACCCCGUUUAUCGAUUCACUUUCAAAAAUUCCAAAAUACGCGAAGUUUUUACAAGACUUGAUAGACACUCGUCAGCAACUAAAGAAAAAUUCUAAGGUCAUUCUUAGUGAGCAAAGCUCAAGAGCUGUAUUGGGAGAGUUACCUAAGAAGAUGGGAGAUCCUAGACGCCUCACUCUUCAAUGUGAGUUUGGUAACAAUUUGAAAACUUAUGCUUUAGCUGAUUCCGGGGCUAGCAUAAAUUUGAUGCCCUAUUCAUUCUAUCAAAAGCUGAAUAUUCAAAAAAUGACGGUUACAAAGAUGACUAUCCACAUGGCCAAUCGUUCGGUGACGCAUCCAAGGGGAAUUAUAGAAGACAUCCUUGUUAAAAUUGGGAAGUUUGUUUUCCCACUUGAUUUUGUAAUUAUAGAUAAGAAGGAGGAUGCACAUGUCCCAAUCAUUUUUGGUCGCCCUUUGCUAAAUACCGUUGGGGCUUUAGUUGAUGUUCGUGAAUCUAAGCUUACAUUGAGGGUUGGUGAUGAUAAGGAAGAUUUUGGAAUACAAGAUGGAUUUCAAGGAUAUGAUGUUAAAGGUGAAGUGUUCAAUAUUGAUGAAGAUAAUGAACUUGAAGAAUUAGAAAAACUCAUGGAGGAAGAAAUCAAGAUAAUUAAUCAAGUCAAAUGA